GGCAAGUGUCAGUCAGGUCGGGAUCGCUACGGCGGAGAGCGGAGACCCGGGCGACUGACAGGGGGCGGGGACCUCUGCAGUGUUGUCCGCCCAAGAUGGAGUUCCUCCUGGGGAACCCUUUCAGCACCCCGGUGGGGCAGUGUCUAGAAAAGGCAACAGAUGGCUCCCUGCAAAGUGAGGACUGGACAUUGAACAUGGAGAUCUGUGACAUCAUCAAUGAGACAGAGGAAGGGCCAAAGGAUGCCAUUCGAGCCCUGAAGAAGCGGCUCAAUGGGAACCGGAACUACAGAGAAGUGAUGCUGGCAUUAACAGUACUGGAGACAUGUGUAAAGAACUGUGGCCACCGCUUCCACAUCCUCGUGGCCAACCGAGACUUCAUCGACAGUGUUCUGGUCAAGAUCAUUUCUCCCAAAAACAACCCUCCCACCAUUGUUCAGGACAAAGUGCUUGCUCUGAUCCAGGCGUGGGCUGAUGCCUUUCGGAGCAGCCCUGACCUUACCGGUGUUGUGCACAUAUACGAGGAGCUGAAGAGGAAAGGGGUCGAGUUUCCCAUGGCAGACUUGGACGCUCUGUCUCCCAUACACACACCACAGCGGAGCGUCCCUGAAGUGGAUCCAGCCUCAGCCAUGCCCAGGUCCCAGUCGCAGCAGAGGACGAGUGCCAGCUCCUAUUCCUCGCCUCCUCCUGCACCUUACUCUGCUCCGCAGGCCCCAGCUCUGAGUGUGACUGGACCCAUCACGGCCAAUUCAGAACAGAUUGCCAGGCUGCGGAGUGAACUGGAUGUUGUUCGAGGAAACACAAAAGUUAUGUCGGAGAUGUUAACGGAAAUGGUCCCCGGGCAGGAGGAUUCAUCUGACCUGGAGUUGCUACAGGAGCUGAACAGGACCUGCCGGGCCAUGCAGCAGCGCAUCGUGGAGCUCAUCUCCCGCGUGUCCAACGAGGAGGUCACCGAGGAGCUGCUGCACGUCAACGACGACCUCAACAAUGUCUUCCUUAGAUACGAGAGGUUUGAGCGAUACAGAUCAGGCCGAUCGGUUCAGAAUGCCAGUAAUGGAGUACUGAACGAAGUAACAGAAGACAACUUAAUAGACCUGGGGCCAGGGUCUCCAGCGGUGGUGAGCCCAAUGGUGGGGAACACGGCACCCCCAUCUUCCCUCUCCUCCCAGCUUGCAGGCUUGGACCUGGGGACAGACAGCGUCAGCGGCACCCUCAGUUCACUCCAGCAGUGUAAUUCUCGUGACGGCUUUGACAUGUUUGCUCAGACGAGAGGGAACUCCUUGGCCGAGCAACGCAAGACAGUGACCUAUGAGGACCCUCAGGCUGUUGGUGGACUGGCUUCUGCACUAGACAGUCGAAAACAGAACUCUGAAGUGAAGAGAGGUAAAGUUGGGGACUCUGACCUGGAGCCCAUAGACAGCUGGCUCAUAACCCAAGGAAUGGUGAGAGGUCACCCGCUGAGCCAAGCCCCCUGUCCACCCAGCGCUUACCUGUGUCACCUGCUGAGCCCUAUCCCCGUUGCUCAGCCCUCUGUCAUGGACGACAUUGAGGUGUGGCUCAGGACGGACCUGAAGGGCGAUGACCUGGAAGAGGGCGUCACGAGUGAAGAGUUUGAUAAAUUCCUUGAAGAAAGAGCCAAAGCUGCUGAAAUGGUUCCCAACCUCCCCUCACCCCCAGUGGAAGCCCCGGCCCCGGCCCCGGCCCCGGGCCCGGCCUCCAACCCUUCAGGCCGGAAGAAGUCAGAGCGGUCUGAGGAUGCCCUCUUCGCCCUGUGAGCUGCUCUGUGGUUUGGCCCCCGGGAUGGCAGGUCACCUCUCGCUGCCCGGUUCACUCUAGGCACUGGCCACUCCCCUCACCCCCAGCCCCACGUGGUCCUGCGCUGCUGUGUCUCCAUGGAAAUACCACUGUGUUUGCUCCCAGGCCUCCCACUAGUCAGGACCAGCUUUAGCCACCUUCUCUCGGCAGUGGGACAGCUGCGGCAGCCAGGGGCCCUCCCUCUCUCCUUCCCUCCUCCUGCUCCCGCCUACGAGCUCCCUCUGCCCAUGUUUCCUCCCGGAAGAGUGGGCAGUGGGGCCCAGCCCCAGGCAGGGCGGUCCCCUCGGGACUGUCUUCUGAGCAGACACCUGGAUAGUCUUUCCUCCAGUCACCUGCCCACAGAGAAGGGAGUCAGGCCCCUUCCCCUGCCUGGCUCAGUGACUCUCCCUGGACUGGCUUGGCCUCGCAGAAAGGCUUUGUCUGCGCCUAUGGGUUGGUCUCCCUCCCUGGACUGUGGCUCCCUGAUGCGUGUCACUUUGUGGCACUUGGCAUGCCCAGCACUUUAGAAGGUUCUGUGGGGUACCCAUGUGUGGCGUCCCUCAUCCUGGCGCUCUCUCCAUCACUCAGCUGCUAGCUCCAUGCCUGAGCAGGCACAGCAGCUGGCUUGGAAGCGAGGGGCCCCGUGGACCUGCAGUUUCUGGGCUGGGGAGAGAAAGCCAAGAGGGGGAAGGCGGCACGCUGGUGGGCAGGCUGCCGGCUCCCGUGGAGAGAGACCACCGCAGACCCAGCCACCCUGCGCACACUGCACUGGGCCUUCUGUGGAGGGGCCUGCACCGGGAGGAGUGACUGGCUUGCUGGGGGCGCUCUGUGAGCAUGCUGAGCUCCGGCCUGGCCUGCAGCGGCUCUGUGCCUCCGUCCCAGGCCCAGCAGCGGGCCGUGCUUGGAGAGCCACACAGCUAGAGCAACACUGAGGUCCCUGGGCUGUUCCUGGGCAUGGGGCUCAGCCUCUCCGUAGACUUUCCUGACAACCUCACCCCUCCCCUCAGAUGCCCCCUGGCCUCCGAUGCACCCGCUCCCAGCCGGCCGAGGCCGACAGUCUGGAGCUGAGCCGCGCGGGCUGGCGACGCCUGCUGUCCUGGUUCCUCACUGCGUGUCUCCUGGCCGUGGCACUGCGCUUGUGCUGGGCCCCGGCCUGAGUCCCAACUGCCCCUCCACUGUGCUGCACCUGCAACUGCUCAUCCCAGCCCAUGAGCCUCCGGGCCCACGUCCCGGUUCCAGCGUGCACUGCCCAGGCCUCGGGGGCCAAACCCGACACCUGGUUUCCCAACCCACGAUGUGGUCAGUUCUUCCACCCGGCUGGUGGCCUGGAAGCCAUGGCACUGGCCCAGGCAGGGAAAAGACACUGGGCCUGACUCGGCUGAGAGCAGUGCCAUGGGCCCUGGGAGGAGCGUUAGGACCGGGACUGGAGCCGAGGGCUGUGCUAGGCAGUAAGAGAAACUACCCCAAUGCAGAGCGAGCUGCUGUUCCCCCGGAGCCCCGUGCCCAUCUCACACUACCACAGCUUCCUCCGAGGAAGGGCCUGGACUCUGGCUGGGACCAGGAGCAGCUGGGGACACUACACUCCACGUCCUCAGAGGAUAGCAAGGGCCCUCCCCCACUGGAUCUUCGCCAGGCUGAUGCCGGCCCUGUCCUCUGGCUGCAAGUACCAUGCCUAUGCUCCCUCCACCCCUCCCCCCAGCCCUUGGCCAGCUCAAGCCCCUCUCCUCAGUGUGUCUCAGUCCCAAGGGCGGAAUCCCCUGAGGCCAGCUUGGGCAUUGUGACUUCUGGAGUCAGCUGUCUUAAUGCCAGCCGCAGAGAAACUCGGUUGUACCCAGAGACUCCAGCUGGUAUCCCCAGCCCUUUGAUGCAGUUUGGAAGCAUUCUAGGAGCAGGGACCUGCCUCUGCCAACCUGCCAGGCUUGCAGUCGUGGGCAGCAAGCUUUGGGUGCAGGAGCUGUGGUGCCACAGCAGCCAGCGCACUCAGGGAAGAGCAGCCUCCUGCCUUCCGGAAGGGGAAGUCACCACAAGGCCAGAAACCUGGAGGGUCUGAGGGGAGAGGAGGCUCCUGGUGGUGAGUAAAGCUCAGACAUUCGCCUACCUGGGGAGACCCCAGCCAAGCUGUUGUAAACACUGUGGUCCAGAGCUGGCCCCCAAACCCUAACCCCAGCUGAUCAGCCAGGGGUGGCUUCCAAAGCUGGCUGCCCCUAGUCCAGCAGAGAAUGGUAGUUUCCUGUGGACUGGCAGAAAACCUCAGAGGUGUCAGCUGCCUCCCCGGCCUGCAGCCGCCCCUCCGGUGGCUUGCCAGCACUUCUGCUAGUGCGUGGUGUCCAGAGGCAGCCCACUCCCACCUGAGCAGGCUGAGGUGGCAGCUGAGACCUGCACGGGAAGGAAGAACGGGGCCCUUGAGCGGUUCUGCCCUGCUCAGUCCUGAGGCCCGGAGGACUCACCUGGGCCGCCCCUGCUAUCUGGGGAGCGCAGCCCUCAGGCUGCUGAUUAGGGAAAGCCAGCCAGAGCCUCUACCCCGCCCCUAGAAGUGAGACCCUUCUGAGCCACCAGUCUCUCCACAAGUGUUAGAAAUCACAGAUACAGUAUGUACUUAAUUACACUAAAUUAUUGCUGGGAUUCCUUAUAAGCACUAAUUAUACCUGAUUAUAGGUUAAAAUAUUUAUUUUGUCAAAAUAUUUUCUUGGGGAUGUGUUUAACCUUUCCUGUGUUCACUGUGUGCUGAGACAUGGAGACUAACCGUCUCCUCUUGCCUGCCAUUUUGGCCUGUGGGCUGCGUGAAUGGUUCUGUGUGCGGCUUGACCUGGGGCUCUGGUGGGCCUUCGGCCAACCUCCCAGAGCUGUCCCUUCCUGGGCACUCCCCAGGCACCGAGCAGCGACCAGGCUGAGGACUCCUUCACGGGUCAGCAUGACUGGGACAGGGGUCUCUGAAAGGGCUUGUUGCCGCCCCGGGGCCAGAAGGGAAGGCGACUUCCACUCUGUCGUCUCUCCUCCCGUCUGUGUGUCAGUCCCCUCAGUGUGAGUGACAGUGCUGCCUGCCCUGCUCCAGACCUUGGCUCACUGCCCUUCCCCACCCAGAGGUCCAGAGCAAGGGCGCCUCAGGCCUGGGUGGCCCCAGGCCCAGGCGGUGACUCAAGGCUCCAGCUGGAAGAGAGGCGGCAAGGGCUGUGGAUGGCCCAGAGCAGCAGGCCCGACUCCUCCUCUAGCACCAUGAUGGCCACGGGCUUCCUGCCUCUCUCCUCCUUCCCGCAGCCACACCCUCCACUUCGCCUGCACACACUCCAGCUCAGUCCUGCCCGGCUUCUGGAUGAUUUGAUGGGGCCUGUGGCCUGGCAGGAGGAAACGGAGGUGGAGCAGUGCUGUUCUUUCAGCCAGCCCAUCGUGAGCAACCCAUCAGCUGUUGGGGUGUCUGGGCCACCCGUGGCAAGUGUGUGUGCCCCCAAGAUACCCGCUGAAGUACCUGCCUCUCCCAGUGCCCAUCUCCAGCCCUUCCUGUCCAUGGGGGUCCAAGCCGGGCUUCUCCUGCCAUCACCAGCCCCCCCGGGAGCAGCUGUCAACCCUGGAGUCACACUGCUUUUCUCUGGAUAAACCCUCCAGGCUCCCCUGGGGAAGGGGAUGAAUAUUUAUUUCCUAAAGUUUGCACUUAAUUUGUAAGGUUUCUCAGGAUUGUUGGGGGCUAUUGAGAAAAGGAAUGUGUUGAUUUUGUUGUCCAGUCGUCCCCAAAAGUCUGGUGUUCUGUCACUGUCGUGCGUUUCUGAGGCAGAGCGGUCAGCUCUGGAGGACAGGCCAGUGCACUCAAGACUCCAUGUCUGUCCAGCCACUGGCUCUCCUUCCAGAUGCCGUCUCUCUAGUUUGGGUUCUUGCAUGUAAAAUACUCCAUGAUAAAUAAACAAACAAGCAAAUCGUU